AAACCUAGGUACUCCUCAUAACAGCUGCAGACUGAUAGACAGAGAGCAGGGGAGGGCCGGAGACAGUUCUGAAGGAGGGAGAAGGAAGGAGAGUGAGAAGUUGUGAAUAGGGAAAAUUAGAGAAUAAGAAGUCCUACUUGUGUGUUCACCCUUUCUUGAAUGCUGCCUCCACACUGCACUACCUGAGGCACACAUACACUCACACACAGGGAGGUGUUUGAGGGAGGCUUUGAGGGCUGACUCUCCAGGGAAGAAGGGAAUUAAACACUUUUGUUUUCAAUCUGCUUCGUCCACAUUCAGGAGAAAACAAAAGGAUUACAGCUUGUACGCCUGCCCCACUUGUUCCUCUCUCUUCUUUGCAUUUUGUCUUCACUGAGUUACUUUGGAGACUUUGGAUACAACCUUCUUGAAUUGUUGGUCCGAGCUCAGAGAGGCAUGGCACACGGACAAAAGAGCCCCAGGUGGGCAUUAACCCAGGGCUCCUUCAGCUUGGCACCGGGCCUGUCGCUCUUCUCCCUCCUCCUCCUACUCCUCACCGUCUCGGCUGCAGACGAGUACGACUACUACAGCUGGCAAUCGGACAACUUCCACAACGGCCGCUUCUACACCAAGCAGCCCCAGUGUGUGGACAUACCAGCUGACCUGCGCCUGUGCCACAAUGUGGGCUACAAGAAAAUGAGGCUGCCCAACCUCCUGGACCACGAGACCAUGCCAGAAGUGAAGCAGCAGGCUGGCAGCUGGGUGCCCCUCCUGGCCAAACGGUGCCAUGCCGAUACCCAGGUCUUCCUGUGCUCUCUGUUUGCACCGGUGUGCCUAGACAGGCCCAUCUAUCCCUGCCGCUCGCUGUGUGAGGCCGUGAGGGACAGUUGUGCUCCGGUGAUGGAGACCUACGGCUUCCCCUGGCCGGAGAUGCUGACCUGCGAUAAGUUCCCCAUUGAUAACGACCUCUGCAUCCCCAUGCAGUUCACUGGGAACCAUGCGACCCAGCCACCAGUGUCGAAGCAGUGCCCUCCGUGUGACAACGAGCUGAAAUCAGACAACAUCAUGGAGCAUUACUGCGCCAGUGACUUCGCCCUCAAGAUGAAAAUCAAGGAGGUGAAGAAGGAGAAGGGUGACAGGAAGCUGAUAGCGGCACAGAAAAAGAAGAAAGUGUUGAAGCAGGGCGUGCUCAGGAAGAAGGACAUGAAGAAGCUGACGCUGUACAUCAAGAAUGGCGCCAACUGCCCGUGCUCCCAGCUAGACAGCCUGGGCUCCAACUUCCUCAUCAUGGGCCGCAAAGUGGACCAGCAACUACUGGUCAUGUCCAUACACAAGUGGGACAAGAAGAGCAAGGAGCUCAAGUUUGCCAUCAAGUACAUGAAGUCCCAUCAGUGUCCCACCUACCACACCGUCUUCCAGUGACGCAGCUCGCCGCGCUGUCCGCAGAAUCCACCAUCGCUCCCCACAUUCCACCCUGUUCCGCUUAGAUCCUAAUUCUCCUUUCAAUAUUGAGUCCCUGCACCCGAGAUCCCUGCAAAAUCUGUUACCAGCCCACUACACAGUCCUACCAGGGAAUCGCGGGGUGGUCAAGUUUUUAUUUUCUCAGCUUUAACAUGAGUCAGGUAGUCAAGCCGGUCGUUCUGAUCUGCUUAGAGGAAUCAGACAUAUUAAUGUCUGAGAGGGGGAAAAGCUGCACGCUAUGCCUUACACACAUGCCUGCCCAUAAGAGCCCCAAAGAAACCACUGAUUUUUUAUAACAGCGUGAUAUGAUUUUAAUCCCUGAAGAAAAGCAGAUCAGCAGAACAGCAUCCAAUUCCUACGACUUCAUUCUGCUUCUGAUAUAGUAGAGCCAAUCACUUGUACGAUAUCUUAAAGCGACUUUAUCAAUUAGACAGUAGCGAUAAGAAAUGGGGAACCUAAAGAUUUGAGGCAACUUUUGGAAAAACAUGUUUGUUGAUUAUGUAAUGAUCCUAGAGUGAAUGGAAAGGGAGAUGAGUAGGAAGGGGGAGCUUUGUUUCUAUGUGAAAAGAGCUGAGAGAAAUGAUUCGCUGUAUGUGGGCUGUGCAAUGGGCCAGUGCAGACCCUGGCACAGAGCUCCCAGAAACAACAUCAAAGCACAGAAAUGUAGAUGACCCACUUAACUGUACGUUUUAAUAAUGUAAAAAGUAGAUAAUUCAGAUGAAUACUAGAUGAUUAGACAACAGGGCUUUUUUUUUCUUUUAUCCCUACUGGGGAAGAAGAUCAACGGAGUAAGACAUGGCGAAGAGAGACUGACGGACUGGAUGAUGCUUCCACUGACUUUGUACAGCAGCGUUUUUUUUGUGGCCUGAAAGAGGGAAACUUGAAUUUUAUUUUUUUUUUUUGCUUUUUGAAUUGGAGAGAGAAGGAGGUCGGGGCAGAGAAGACAUCUUCCUGAAAAAAAAACAAGUGGAGAAUAAGAGAAAGAAAGAGAGAGAAAGAGACUCUGGAUAGAACCAACAAUGUUGGGUUGAUAAGUCUCUGGUACUCGCUAUUUUUCACUAUCACUCUUCAAAUGUUUCUUUUUUUUUGUACUUAAAUUUUUUUUUAAAAUUUGCUUCAGUUAAACUUCUAUGGUAUGAAAGCAGAAAUCAUACGUACAGACAUAGCACCUGAAUUCACUGUUGCUGUAGCAAUAAAGAAUGAAAUUUAACUUUGACAAUAUUUUCUAAUCAGUUAACCUGUAAGUAGUUCUGUUACUGAAAUACAUCUUUUGUUUUACAAAAAAAGUAAAUGAAUAAAAUAUAUUUAAAAUUUUUAUAAAGAA